UCGCGCUCGGCUCGCCGUGCUACGACGAUAUAUCGCUCGCUCACACUUUCGCUCGCAAUAUUCGUCCCGAGGGCCAUAAGGAACAAGUUUUGUGUGCGCUCUAGUUCGUCUCAAAGAUCACUGGGAGCUACUCGGAAGAGUGAGAAAAAUCCACAGCACCCCCGAGGCCAGACGGAUGGAGCGCAGUAUUCGCGGGAGCAUAUUUGCUCCAAUUUUCGGCCCUCUUUCGUGUUUUUGUUGAUUGUGACAGUUUACGAAUGUCAAAAAUGAUGGCAUGGAAGAUGUUGUGCUCUCAGGACGCUAGACUACCCAGUGAAGUGUGAUUACGUGACGAAGAAGGUGUUUUAGAAGUGAAUACGCCCUAGCAGUCAAGGGGCAAUCGGAGAAAAUUUUCAUCAUUUGCGUGUUGCUGAGAGUGAAAAGAUGUAAACAGAAGCAACAACGAACGCAGCAGAGAGCUACUGUCAAAGUGGGUGGCUGACAGAAGCUGUCAACAGGCAUCGCCACGAUUUGCGGUUUAUUUGGAUUAGCUGAGAGGGUGGGAGAACAUUGAGAUUGUUGGUAAACAUCCGCAUGCCGACCAGAAUCUUCUUUGAAAUGCACCGCAAUGAAUGAGGGAAUGAUGAUUUAUGUUUCUGAGUAAUCAACUUCAGAUGAAAAAUGCGCUUCACGGCCGAAUCGUCGUUCCCAAAGCGAAUUUCUACUGAUGCAGAAAGAUGCAACCAACGGAGUGGAUUAAAACAUUAAUGACGAUGAUCUGUAUAACGUAUUUUUGAUGCCAACUGGGAAAUGAUGCUAACCGUUUUGCAACACUAACUAACGAACGGGCGGAUGGUAGAUUUACAUAAUUGCAUCCCGGAAGAACGCAUGCGAGUGAAACAAAAAGCAGCUAAGAGGAAAAUAUGCGAGUGCACUGAUUUUCAGCCCGAUAGUGUACAAUUGACCACCUCAUCGGUAAACAAACGAAACGCAGGGGACAAACCGAAUGUGGAAACAAUACACCACCGCUGGGACACAGGCCCAACAACGCGUGGGUGUGUAAAACGGGAAACAAUGGAGAGGGUCCAUCCCAUCGACGAUGGUGAGCGCUUUGUUUCGAGUUCCGGGAAAAUCCAGUAAUGAUGGAAAUUGUUGGGUUGCAUUUUCCUCCCGAGAGAGGAUUUGCGAAUGCGAAGAAAAAUACUGCCCAGGUGAACUUGUGAAGUGGUAAAAACAGGGAAAAAUGGACCAUUUAGAUUGUCCCGUGCAAGCAGUAGUGUCAUUCGCAGUAGCAGCAGCAAAAGUGACACCAGACACAACCGGGCGGUGGGUGAAGUUCGGCAUCGCAGCCAAACAAUGGCUCCGGAACGACCGGUUUCUGUAGGUGGUCAGCAGUGUGUUCCGUAGCCUAACGAGGACGGUGACGACGAUGGCGAUGAUGGUGUCACUAUGGUUGUUAUUGUUGGUAUUGGGGAUUAAUUUCCCGGUGACCCAGUGGGAUGCUGAUGAUCACAAUUGUGCAGAAGUGUAUGUGUGAUUGUGAGUGAGAAGGUGUUUCCGCGAAAGUGAGGAGAAAAUAACACACGAAUAGGAGAAAAAUCAACAAUAUAAUCUACCCGACACCAUGAGCACCGUGCCGUGGAAAUCCGCGGCCACUGGUCCGGACAACCGGGGAUUUAUAGUCACGUGUGGAUUACUGCUACUGCUGUUGGCAACGGCGGCAAGGAUGCUUGGUGCUGAUGCAACGAGGAUUUUCGAUAUCGAAAAUAUACCGGUGGUGAAAUACGUGGCCGUGGCAGGAAAAAACAUUACCCUCAGCUGCCCGGGGGUAACCGAACACUCGCUAGUGGACAGCCUGGUCUGGCGAACCACGCAGACCAUUGCUGAGCUAGUGAACGGGGAACCGAUGACCACCAGUCUGAGAAUUACACUGUUACCUGAUAAUUUUAGUCUUCAUUUUAAUCCGGCUUUUGCCUCCGAUACCGACGAGUAUAGCUGCCUUGUGAACGAUCGACAAAGCCCGGAAGCGCUGGUCGAUUUACUGGUGCAAGAUGUACCAGAUCCACCGGGACGACCCCUGGUGGUAAGUUUUACGUCCAGGUCGGUAAAUCUGUCGUGGGCGUACAUACAGGAUCCGCGAAAUUCACCGACCACUCAUUUUGUCAUCGAAAGUAGGGUCGGCGAAAACGGUGACUGGGAUCAGAUGGAACCAAUUUACACCAAUAGCAAUCAGGCCUCUUUCCAGGUCACAGGACUAGUUCCAUUCACCGUCUACAGCUUCCGGGUGAUCGCCGUCAACGAGCAUGGUCACAGCUUACCGUCCAGGGAGUCGUAUUACUUCGUGACUCUGCGAGAAGUCCCUACCGGUAAGCCGGUGACGACGAUCGCCCACAACACAUCCGCCACGUCGGUGUACAUCUCGUGGAAACCCCCACCGCCGGAGACGAUUCUGGGAGAAUUUCUCGGCUACCGGAUAACGUACCGAGCGCGGGACAAAGGCACCGACGACGAUGUCAAGGAAAUCUACAUCCGGGACAGCAUGGUGGAGAGCCACGAGAUCCAUCAACUUGAAACGUACACCCAAUAUCUUGCGUCGAUACAGGUGUUCAAUCCGGAAGGUUUGGGACCACCUACCACGGUACUGGUGAUGACAGAUGAAGGAGUUCCCAGCAAACCGUUGAAUUUAAGCGUUCCGGAAGUCACCUCAACAACUAUUAAGAUCACCUGGCGAGAGCCGGAAAAGCUGAACGGUGCCAUCCACGGCUACCGGGUGUACUAUGUACAUCAAGACCAGACGCUACUGCAUCUUCCCAUUCUGAAGGCAGAUGCUGCAGUCAACUCCGUCUACACGUAUACGCUUUCAAAUCUCAAACCCUAUACAGACUACAAAAUCAUCGUAGCUGCCUUCACCAAAAAGUUUGACGGUGAGCCCUCGGAAGUGUCCCAGCGAACGGACAUCAGUGGUCCCAGCGCCCCAAAAGUGGUCAACCUUACCUGCCACUCGCAGCAUGAACUUUUCUUCGGCUGGAAGAUACCGCAAACCUACUACAAUACCAUCGACUACUACAUCAUCAGCUACCGGAAUUUAGCGCACAGCGAAUACAAAGACAUCCGGUUGAGUGCAAAUUCAUCAAUCGUGGAAACAUCGAUGAUCAUUCCAAACCUAACAACUAACAUGAUAUACGAAGUUAAAGUGCGAGCGGCUUCCGCAAGUGUCAUAAACCCGAAGCAAAUCAUUCUCGGUUCGUAUUCAGAACCCAAAAAGAUUUCUCUUCAACUAAACUGCGAGAAAGUUCCUCCACCGUCGCAGCGACAGUCCUAUGAUGAUUAUAACCUGGCCGUCCUGGCCGGUAUCGUCUUCAGUUGCUUCGGACUGCUUCUAGUCGUGCUGGCAUUCCUGCUAUGGAAAAAAUGUUUCCACGCCGCAUACUAUUAUCUUGACGAUCCUCCGGCUUGCCAAGGCACCAACACGGCCGGUGUGAUCGACUGGGAAGCCCCCUGCGAAGUGGCCGGCGAAGUGAGGGGACCAAUUCCGGUGAUUGAAUUCACCAAGCACGUGGCCUCGCUGCAUGUUGAUGGUGACAUUGGAUUCAGCAAAGAGUAUGAAGCAAUUCAGGGAGAAGCACUGAACGAUGAAUACCCAUCGGAGCAUUCGCAGCAUCCGGAUAAUAAGGGGAAGAAUCGUUAUCUUAAUGUGAUUGCUUAUGACCACAGCAGAGUGCAUCUACGGCAAGUUCCCGGUCAAAAGAAACAUUUGGAUUACAUCAACGCUAACUUCAUCGAUGGAUAUCAGCGGCCACGUUCCUUCAUAGGGACUCAAGGGCCUCUUCCGGGAACAUUUGACUGCUUCUGGCGUAUGAUUUGGGAGCAACGGGUUGCCAUUAUCGUAAUGAUCACUAACCUAGUCGAACGAGGUCGACGAAAGUGCGACAUGUAUUGGCCAAAGGAUGGAACGGAGAUGUACGGUGUGAUCCAGGUUCGCCUUAUCCGGGAAGAUGUGAUGGCAACGUACACAGUGCGAACGUUCCAGAUGAAACAUACGAAACUAAAGAAGAAGAAAGCUUCCCAAUCGGAAAAACUCGUCUAUCAGUAUCACUACACCAAUUGGCCGGAUCAUGGAACACCGGAUCAUCCGUUACCAGUGAUCAACUUUGUGAAGAAAUCCACUGCUGCCAACCCCUCAGAUGCGGGUCCAAUCGUGGUUCACUGUAGUGCUGGAGUUGGCCGAACCGGAACCUAUAUCGUAUUGGAUGCCAUGCUGAAACAGAUCGAGACCAAGGGAAUGUUAAAUGUGUUUGGUUUCUUGAGGUACAUCCGAGCUCAGCGAAACUAUCUAGUGCAAACGGAAGAGCAAUAUAUAUUUAUUCACGAUGCUCUUGUUGAAGCAAUUGAUAGCGGUGAGACCAACAUCAAAAUGGAUGCGAUAGGUGGACUUGUGAACAAUAUUGAUUUUAUCGACAGUCAGUAUAAGCUCAUCACCAGUUACCAGCCGAAGGAAAUCAAUUUGACUUCAGCUCUGAAACAAGUGAAUGCCAUCAAAAAUCGUAGCUCACUUGUUCCACUGGAAGGUAGCCGGGUUCAUUUGACUCCGAAGCCGGGUGUCGAAGGCAGUGACUAUAUCAAUGCCACCUGGCUGCACGGAUUCCGGCGGUUACGGGACUUUGUUGUCACGCAGCACCCGUUGAUCGAAACGUUCAAAGACUUUUGGCAAAUGGUCUGGGAUCACAAUGCUCAAACCGUGGUGCUACUGUCUUCCGCGGAUAAUAUGUCUUUUCUCCAAUUCUGGCCAAACGAAUCGGAACCAAUGGAGAGUGACUAUUACCGCAUCCGGAUGGAGUCGGAAACGUCAGAGAAUAACUACAUCGUGCGAAAUUUCGUUAUCCAGUCCAUCCAGGACGAUUACGAACUGAGUGUUCGUAUGUUUGAGAACCCCAUGUGGCCAGACAUGGCAAAUCCCCGGUCAAUCUACGACUUCACUCUGCGGGUGCAUGAGCGCUGUGCGCAGUACCGCAACGGACCGAUCGUCAUCGUCGAUAGGUACGGUGGCUUCCAGGCAUGUCAGUUCUGCUGCAUCAGUUCGCUCGCGAUGCAGUUGGAGUACGACCAGACGGCCAACGUGUACACCUACGCCAAGCUUUACCACAACAAACGCCCGGGCAUUUGGAGCUCGUACGAGGACAUCCGGCAAAUUUACCGGAUACUGUCGUACAUGCCUAAAGAGCUGGGCCUGCUCAAGUGCACCGAACUGCGGACGGAGUUUGACGAUGCGGCCAUCAUGACGGCUACGCCCGAUUUGUACAGUAAGAUUUGUAGUAACGGUAGUAUUAACACGCAUCUGAAUAGUAGCGGAGGCGGCGGCGGUGGAGGAGGCGAUGGAAACGAUGUUGGACCUACGGGGAAUGGUACGAACGGUGGUCUAUCAAUGGGAGGAGGUGGUGGCACAACCACUACGGUAACUAGUAUUCAAAAUGGAGGUACGGUAAUUGUGAAAAUGAACGGUGAAGAUAAUGACGAGCUGUCGGUGGUGGUGGCCACCAGUAAUCAUCUGAAUCUGGAUCACAAUCAGUCGUAGGUUGGAAAAGUAUUUACAAAUUUUUAAAUUCCUCUAAGUUAACCAGCGUAGGCGUAUUAGUCAUGAAUCUAAUUUUAGUACAACUGACAGUCGAGUUUUUUUUUAAUAUUUUACAAGUCUAUGCUAAGAAGAACGGAACUGUCGUAUUUAGGUAAUGUGGAGUGCAUAAUUAUUUAUUGAUCAGCUGAAUAUUUCGGGUGGUCAAAUGCAUUUUGCUAAGACAAAAUUUUGUGACAAUUUUAAUAGAGAGGAGUUGCAUGUUUACUGAUCUUUACUUUUUUUUUAAUUUUUGGCUUUUGCAUCUCAGAAAAUAUCUUCAUCAUAAAUUUUACAAUCAAAUGUAUAAAUUAACUUGUAUUUUCCUGACAGUGACGAAUACUCCAAGAAUCUAGUCGAAAAGCGAAUGUUAUACACAAUCAUUUUUGGUUUAUUACGUUUUUCAUGCAUUGGCAGCGUAUAUUAUGCGAAAAUUAUGAAUUUGCUGGCACUACCCGAAAUUGAUAAUCAAAUCGAGUUUUGUUUUUCUUUUGUAUUCGUUGAAUAAAACAAAAGAACAAUUUCCGUUAAAUGUAAAUAGGAAAAAAAAAUUCACAUGUGAUUCCAGUGAAGUAAGUUUUCGGUUCAGUGUAUAGGUUAGAUCUCGCUUCCACGUGCAUUUUCUGCCAUUUUAUUUUGGGAUAGACGCUCUGCUUUGUAAAAAACAGGUAUUUUCCCACAAAUAUUAGAUGACCGUGACCGACCCAAACUAGACUAUUUAAAUCUCUUGACAGUGCGAAAACAAGUUAGCAAUCUAAUUAUAUAAUAUUAACCGAAGGCCGAUAAACCGCGAAUUCUGCUGUGCAACUGAACUCAGCCGGAAGAAAGUAUUGUGAAAGAGAAUAUGUUUGCGUACCGUACAUUUGGAUGCAUCGUGACCGAGAGGGACAGUUUCUUCUGACUGCUCGGACGACAAAAAAAAAAAGACUGGUUUUCUAAUUUCUUAUUGUAAUGUUACAUAACCAUGGUAUGCAAAUCGAUGAAUCGAGGAUGAUGAUUCACUGUGCAAACCGAAAGCAGAAUCAUUAUAACCUAAUGCAAUUAUAACCCUAUAGGAAAAUAUACCUUGGAGUAAAUUCUAAUCCAGAAACAACAAAUAAAAUACUCUUACAUUCAUCAAACAAUAGAUGUUCUAAUGUUGAAAAUUUAUGGCGAAGUGAAAACAAAACUGACUUUUCCAGCUGCAGUGCCAAAAAGUCGCAUUCCGUCAGCCCAUACUAGUGUUGAGCCAUUGCAUUGGUUUCAAUCAUCAUCAUAAUUUGAUCGUAGGGUAUCGUACGGUUUCGACAGGUUUUCCUCUCAACGAAAUUAUCUGAAAGAUAGGCAUAGGGACUGACAAAGCCGUUCGACAUCUUACAUUGUCAUUCUUGUUGGUGUAGAUAUCAGAAGCAAACGAAACAUUAUUUCCCAUACCUACAGAUGAGUAAUACGGUUAAACAAAUAGUAUAAAUAACAGCCAGAAACAAGCGUGUUCCGAAAAUUUGUAGAUAUGAAAACAUUCAAACAGUUGAUGAAACUCAAAAUGCAGAAGAAUGCGAACAUGCAUUGAAAUCUGGUCAAAACGCACAUAGCCUUGAUUUAGGAAAAACAAAAAAAUAACGUAAGAUCAUUGAUUACAAUAUUCUUUCGCCAGAGGAAACAAAUAAAUAAAUCCCGUGACCUUUCCACUUCAAAUUCAAACAAUUAAACAAACAAAUGAUAUAAACAUGCGAAAAUGUUCAAAACAGGUACACGUACUAGUUGAAUUCGUCGUAAACUUCGAGUAAAAUUUACACAAAUAAGAGUACUAACGAUAAACACGAGAACAAAACUAGUUAAAUAUAUCCACUAUUAGACGAAGAAUAUAAAAGUAAACCCGAUCUAACGAAAAGAGAUUUUAUAAAUCUUAUGAGAUAUUCUCGAUUUUUACUAUAAAUUGCCCUUUUUUUUAUUCAUUAAGCAACGAUUAGUUCUGAAUCAUUUUGAUUACCCGCAAGCAAAUCGACGGAUAAUUAUGACUGGAUAGAACUCAAUCCCCUGUUAGUAACAGAAAGGCAGAGAACGCGGUUUGUUGACUGAAAAUAGAAAUAUGUAACUAGUAGCGCAUGGAUUGCAACCGGGAGAAAGGAAAAGGAGAAGAAACCCUACAACCUAUUAAAAUCUAUGAAAAAUUAGCGACUAGCAGUACAGUAAAUGCAAAAACUAAUUUUUAGCAGUCAUACAAGCAAGUAGAGAACGGUAAGGAUUAAGCAUAUGUUUAGGAAUUA